ACCACCUUGGCAUAAUGAAUUACUCGUAAUGUGCACCCUAAGAUGCUUGUUAUAGAUAUGCAUGCAUUAAAUUAUUAUAAAUUGUCUGCCUUUAUUUUAACGGAGUGGAACUGCCAACACAUUGAAGAAGAAGAAGCGGUUUAUGGUGAUUUGCAAUUCCGAGUUCCGACUAAUUGACCAACAGAAACCAUUCAAACCAACACGAGCAGAGCAGGGUGUUAGAAUGGAUACUGAGCAACCAAAGAACACUUCUGUACCGAAGAUGAGUGUUUUUGAAGAUGAUGACGAGUUUGAGGAGUUUGACAUUGAUGAAACUGAAGAUGAUAAUAAAGAGUUAAAAGAUGUAACCCAGCAGUGGGAAGAUGAUUGGGAUGAUGACGAUGUCAACGAUGACUUCUCUCAGCAACUAAAGAGGGAAUUGGAAAGCAACACUGGGAAGAACUAAGAUGGUAUCCCUUUAUUUUCUAAUGUUUUGGCAUUAAAAAUGGUCGUUUAAAGUUCAUGAUUUUGUACACUUCACCAGCUCUGAAUGCUUGUACCUUAAAACUCUUGUUCCUUUAUGUGUGUGUUUUUCAAACAAGAUACUUGUGACCUACAUCUGCUUUAUAUCCUGUGUGGUGCAUCUGAAUGACGACUGAAUCA